GAAAUUGCAGGUUGGGAAGAAUGCCGCGCUCAAGUUCUCCUCCGAAAGCCUAGUGACAGUUUGAUAGCCGAGGGCGCGGAACUAUAGCAAACAAUGUACUCGCUAUCAUCGCGAGCACUGCAGCUGCUGCAGGAGAAUGAGGCAGAGCCGGAGGACGAUGUUGCGGAGCCCCGCCGAAAGCGGGGCCGGGGUGGCGCGGCCAGCCAGCAGCCUAAGCCCGCCACCUGGACAUGGGUGAUGACUCAGCUGAUGGACCUGAUGUGCCAGUACCCGGGCGGCCUGGCGGAGGCGGCGAUCCUGACGGAGCUGCUGCAGCGCCGGCUGCGCAAGCAGGGCAAGCCCGACUGCGCGGCGCGUAGUGACCCCAGCCCAGCAGCGCUACCUGCGCCCACUGCUGCUGCUACUGCUGCUGCUGCUACUGCUGCUGCCGCUACUGCUGGGGCCGCGGUCCUGGCUACAGUUGGUGCCAACCAUGCCGCCGGGUUUGGGGAGUUGGCCGCCCUGCCGCGGCGCAUGAGCCUGCAAGCACUGCUCAAAGUACAUAACAAGCGGGGCGGGGCGGCGGAGGCGCAGCAGCACCAACAGUACGGCGGGGCGGCGGCGGCGGGGGCGGGGGCGGCGGCGGGCUCGCCGACCCUGGUGGUGCGGGUGUCGGACGUGGAGUGCGUGGCGCCGCCGUCCAAGAAGUGGGGCACCGGUGCUCCCUACGAGACGCAGGGCGGGUCCUGGCUGCUGCGCCUACAAGAGGAGGAGGCGUACCAGCGGGAGCAGCGGGAGCAGCAGCAGCAGGCCAGGGGAGCCGGCGGCUGCGGCGAUGGAGGUGCUACAGCCACAGGCAGGGGCGCUGCGGGGGCUGCUGCUACUGCCGCCAUGCACCUGCACAGUGUGCUGCGGCUGUGUGUGCUGGGCAGCACCCCGUUGAUAACAGCCGGCAGCCGCGUCCGCAUCGGCGCCGUACCCAUGCGGAGCUGCCCCUCUGGGCCGGCCGACACCCCGUGCGCGGCGAGGCUGCUGCCCAGUCGUGCACUGGUCCCCGAGCUGCCCCCCGCACUGGUGGGGCCGGCGGUGGCGAUCUGGGCCAGCAGCAGCAGUGGCGGCAGUAGCAGUGAUGGCAGUAGCAGUGGUGGCAGUAGCAGUGGCGGCGGUGACAGUGGCGGCGUUGGCGUUGCAGCUACAGCGGGCACCACAGACGCAAAGGCCUGGCCGCGCUUUGACGCGCUGCAGUACGGCGGCUGUGUUAAUACCCUGGAGGAGGCUGUGGCCGGCGCCCUGGCUCAUGUGCCGCCGGGGUCGGGCAAGCCCCUGCAGGGCUGGCUGGUGGCGCGGGUUGCGCCGGCGGGCGUGGGCCCGCCGCGCACCACGGAGGCGGGAGUGUACGACGGCCGCAUGCGACGGACCAUCCUCCUGACAACUGCAUUCCCGGCCUCCAGCCCAGCCCAGCCUGACGGCAGUAGCAACGGCAGCGGCAGCGCCGCCGCCGGCAGUAGCAGCAACGGCACGCCGCUGGUGCUGGUGGGAGACCAGGUGGCACUUGGCGACCUGCUACUGCCGGGCGAGCUGCUGGCGGUGUACGAACCCGUGGCUGUUGUCUACGAGGCUGCCACUGUCGCUACGGCUGCUACAGCCGGUUGUGGCGGCAGCAGCGGCGCUGCUACAGCCGCUGGAGGGGCGGGCAGCCCUCCGGGCUGUGGUGGUGGCGACGGAGGAACAGGAAGGCGGUGGGUGGAGUUCACAGCGACGGCCGACACGCUGGUGACCGUGCUGCCGCCCCCGCCCCCGGCCCCGGCGCCUUCGACCUCAUCGCUGCCCCCGGCAGUAGCAGCAGGAGCGGCAGUAGCAGGGGCAGUAGCAGGGGCAGGAGCAGGGGCGGCCCUGGGCGAGGCCGGCCCUGCCGCCAUGGAUGUGGACGCCGGCCCGCUGGCUAUAGCAGGCCGGACGGCAGUAGCAUCUAAUUCACCGCAGAUUGGCGGGAGAGACCAGGCGGAGGCAUUAGCAGCGGUGCUGCCUGCGGCAGUAGCAGCGGCGGCGCUGCCAGUCCAUGCCGCCGCCGGCAUUGCUGGUCUUCUGUCCGGGGGAGGGGCGCGGCCGGCGGCGGCGCUGCAGCACCAGCACCAACUGCAGCUACAGCCGCCGCCGCCGCAGCAGCAGCAGCCGCUGCUGCUGCUACAGCCGCAGCAGCGCACUGCGCUGGUCGCACGUGUGGAGGCCAUACUGGGCUUUGCGAGUGGGUCGGCAAAGCAGACUGGGGGGCUGCUGCGGCUGCUGCUGAGCGACGGCAGCGGCGGACAGGCGGAGGCGGCCCUGCAGCUGGCCCGCGGCAGCAAGCUGCUGAGCCGCGUGUGGCCGGGCCACUGCCUCGUGCUGCUCGGCGCCACCCUCGCACCACCACACCCACCACCACCAUCACCACCACCACCAGCACGGCAGCAGCAGCAGCACCAGCAGCACCAGCAGCAACACCAUCCAAAUCAGCCACCACAGCGGCUGCAGCUGCGCUGGGUGGAGGGCGAGGCGGGCGCCGAGCUGCACAGCCUCACAGCCAUGCCCGCAGCCACCACCACCCCCGGACUGGUCAGGUACACAUCCCUGGAGGCGCUGCGCAGGGCGGCUGUAGCAGCAACAGCAGCAGCAGCAGAGCCGGCGGUAGCAGAACCGGCAGUAGCAGCGGCAGCAGCGGGCCCGCCGCGCGGGGUUUGGCCGGCGGCUCAGCUGCGGGCGCUGGCGGCGGCGGCGGCGCAGCUGCCCGACCCACGGGCCAGCUGGCGCCGCCAGGUGCCGUACCUCAAUCUGCCGUACGACAACGGCUGCAUGGGCGCCGCCACCGCCGCCGCCAGUGGUGGUGCCGCAAUGGCUGCAGCUGAUUUGGGAGUGGCAGCCGGCAGUCUUGCUACUGCCGCUGCUACUGCCGACGCGCCGCACGGACCGGAGGUGGCGGCGGCGGCAGCGGCGGGUGGCGGCUUACUGAUGGCGGCGCAUGACGGCGGCUGCUGCUCGCUGGCGGCGGUGGCGCGCAUUCGCUCGGUGCGCGUGGCAACACAGCGGGUGCACAGGGCCUGCGGCCGGCCCGCCAGCCGUGUGGAUCUGGAUUUCGGUUUCAUGGACCUGGACGAGGAGGCAGAGGCGGAGGCGGCGGCGGGAGGUGCAGGGGCGGCUAGUGGUGGAGGCAGCGGAGGUGCGAGCUGUGGGCCAGCGGCCGCCGCCCCGGCUGUCCUGGCGGUUCAGGACACGCCCAGCAAAGACCAGCGCAUGGACGGGCUGUGGCACUGCGCCUUGUGCGGCCGCGACAUCUCCGCGCCCGAGAUGGAGUGGGCCUUCGCACCCGGCCGCCUGGAGCUGCUGCAGCCUGGAGAAGAGGAGCAGCAGGGGCAGGAGCGGGGGCAGCAGCAAGGGCAGCAGGGGCAGGAGCGGGAGCAGCAGCAGGGGCAGCAGCAGGGGCAGGGGCAGCAGGGGCAGGGGCAGGGGCAGCAGGGGCGGCGGCAAGAGGCGGCAGUGGAGGUGGUGGCGGACCCAGGCGCCCUGCAGGGGCUGUUGGGGUUGGGCGCUGCGGCCUUCCACGUGCUCAACACCGCCGGGCGGCAGAAGGCCAUCGAGCGUGCGCUGCUUGACGCCAUCAGUCGGCAGUCCCGCCGCUUCGUGCUCUCCUUCUACCCCAUGCCGCCUGCCGCCGCCGCCGCCACUGCAACGGCUGCUGCUACUACCACUACUGCUGCUGGCACUGCUACAGCCGGCCACCCCAUCUGGCAGCUGCAGGGCGGCCACCCAGCAGGCGGCGCGCCGCCGUCAGUGGCGGCCGCGGCCCCUCUGGACUUCUGGGCUGUGGCGCAGAUUCGCGGAGUCGACUUCGCCUAGCUUGCUGCUGAUCCGCUGGUACCGUACCAAGUUUUGUGCAUGUGAGUGGAGGAAAGUGGCUGUCAUAACAGCAGCUAUAGAGUGCGGCGCGGGGUUUGCGACUCUCAAGGUUGACGGGGAAAGGCGGGAUGGAGCGCAGAGAAGGCAGGGUUUCCGGACAGCUGGUUAGGGUCCCGACUCCCGCCGGAAGGCCGAAACUCGACUUUUUUUCGGGCAUCGGCCCGGGCGCGGGAAAUGACUUGGCGUGGCACGCCUUCGAUGCUGGCGCCGGUUGGGCGGCUGGGAUUGGUGCCCAUGAUUCGUGUGGUUGCAAAGUGAGGCCUAGAAGGAGCGACGAACCGCGCCAGGUCUGCAGCGGCCCCAACCGGUUCGAAGUCGAGUGCGCUGAGUGGCAGUUGACAUGUGAACCGCAUCAGGGCAUGUGCACAGCUACGUAUGCACUACUAAACUUAAUGCACUUGAUUGUUUCCCUGCUUUGUGGAAGUCGGCUGUCCGUGCUCGCAACUUCCAAGUCUCGGUCGGUUUCAACUCAACUUACCACAGCGUGCGUUUUGCAGCGCGUAAAUUGGCCUACGAAUAUUAGACAGCCAUUUUGGCCUUUUUCGUUUGCCUCAUGCAGGUAGAGUCCGAACGCAAUCACACCCCGGCGGUUAUGGCACUCGAGCGAAGUUGAUGUUUUCUCGGUGAACAAAUGACUGAUAAAGCCCAAUUUGUGGACUUCAAGGUAAACCAUCCAUUCUACUA